AGUGAAUCUGCGGAGAGGAGACUGAGAGCCUGUAGAGACUCUGUCAACAGCAUCCGAGGUAUUUGAAGCCAACAGCAUUGAGAGUGAAAUGGCGUCCUCUGGAGAUAUUCAGGUUAAGGAGCUGGACAAGCGUGCUUCAGGGCAAGCAUUUGAGGUCAUUCUGAGCCCCUCAGCACCAGAUGCAAAAGGAGAAUUCCCUUUGUCCACCCCGAAAAAGAAGGAGGUGUCUUUGGAUGAGAUCCAGAAGAAGUUGGAGGCAGCAGAGGAGAGACGCAAAAAUCAUGAGGCAGAGGUUCUGAAACACUUGGCUGAGAAGCGAGAGCAUGAGAAGGAGGUUCUCCAGAAAGCGAUGGAGGAGAACAACAACUUCAGCAAGAUGGCAGAGGAGAAACUCAACCAGAAAAUGGAAGCCAACAAAGAAAAUCGCACAAAACAGAUGGCUGCAAUGAAUGAGAAAUUUAAGGAGAAGGACAAGAAAAUCGAAGAAGUCCGAAAGAACAAAGAGACGAAAGAUGGAGGCGAAAAUGAUGAGAACUGAGUUUUCUGUCUUUUUGGUUUUUGGUUCUAUUCACUUUAGGGGAUAGUAUUGGGUUUUUUACGUAUCCAAAGAUUUAUUUUUGUUCCAUUAUGGCCAGUAUUAUGUGUUUGGUUUUGUGUUACUGACACUUUUUUAUCUGACAUUUAGGGGAGAAGCAGAUGCACAACGUUCUUUUCAUCUUUCCAUGUUCAGAUCUACUUUGCAUUCCCAUCACCUGUAGAUUUGUCCAACUGCCGCUUUUGACCUGUAAAAUAAGCAGUGUUUUACCCUAAAGGGAAGCAUGCCUGUGUUACAAAUAGGUCUCUAACUUUGUCUGUUGCAUUGUGCAAGUUGACCUGUACCUGUUUAUGUCAAAACUUUCAAAAAAUUCUUUGAGCUUAAUAAAGUUGCACAGUUCUUUGUUAUGGUAACAGUUUUGGAUCUGCCCCUUUUUUGUAGAUGUUCAUAUAUGAACAAAUGAUUUUUUUUAUAUAUAUAUCUGACUGCCUCUCUGUGUAACUCUCUGUCCAUCUGGUUAACAACAAGCACAUUCCAGGAGUUACCUUAUUGGUAAAGCUGUAAAAAAAACAUUUGAGAAAGAUCCAUGGUAAUAAUAUUCAGCAGACUGACCAGUAUGACUUCAAUUGAUACCAAUCAAUGUUGGACUGAUUGCAAAAACGUUUAAGAAUAAGGGGACAUUUUUGGUAAUGUUGGCGUGCAAUAUCUGUAUCAAGUCUUGUCAGGUUUGCAUCUGCUGACACCUAGUGACAUUUGAUGGCACAACACGUUUUCAUUCUAACUGAAUACUUUGUUUCAAGUGGUCGAUGAUCAGACAAUUUUGAUGAAUACAUACUGGUGGAUUUUGAUCAAAUUAUACAUAUGCAAUACAAAUGCUGCACAUCACUAUGCUGAGACCAUUUGACAGAGGGUUACACAUUGCAUGUUACCAUUGAGGACAACACUGGACAUACAGUAAGUGUCAUUUAUGUAUUUCCAUGUACCACGCUGAAUAAAAGUAUAUGUUAUUUAUU